UGUUUGCUAUACAUUCAAAAGAUAAUGGGCACUGAACAAAACACAACUUUCCUAUGGGCACUGGUGCAGGUAUAUCGCUACAAGGAAGCCGCUCCUGCUCAUACAAUCCGUGCCAACUGGUUUUUUUCUGCCUGGGUGCUAUUAUAGGUCAUUAGAGCCGGAUACAACAACAGAGAAAGAACAAGAAAGAACUCCUGACAAACAGGUUCUGGACACGCCCUUGGAAACGAAACCACCUGCUCUAUAAAGAAUCGUACGUAGAACCAGCGACAGAACAGCAACAAAAAGUACACGGAAAAGGUGAACGAAGAUACAAGGGAACAACUGAUUAACUUCACCUCAGCUUUAAACACGCAAAGCUGCACUGACACGAAUUACCAGCAACCAAUCUCAGCAGCAGCAUUACAAAACGACGAGCCUAUUUUCCAAAGCCGAUUAGGAAAAUUGCUACAGGGUAUAACGAAGAGAGAAACGAUCAAGCUCCAAUUUAUAUUUAUAACGUUCGUUUAUUAGUUGGAGAACAAACAACAGUUGCCAAGAUGAUGCAGCUCUCAGAAUCCCAUUCCCACCUGCAGAAGAACUCUCUGUUCAACUCCAUGAACCGCUUCAUCGGUGCAGUCAACAACAUGGACCAGACUGUUAUGGUGCCUAGUCUGCUGAGGGAUGUUCCCUUAGAAGAGGAGAGGGAGGUGGCCGCCCCGAAAAGCUCGGGAAACAGCGACAUCGAGGACGGUGACAUGUACAGUUACUAUCAGCUGCUUAAGUCCAUCCGCUGUGAAAUAGAGUGGGGAGUGAUGCGCGCGGGGGAAGCCGAGAAGCGCAAGGAGAGCCGGGCUCCCAUCUCUAGAUUGGAUUCAGAGGAGGAGGAUUCUGAGGUUUCGUCCGAGGAAGACGAGGAUAACCUGCAGAAGCAGUUUCAGUUCCACAUGACGGGGCUCCACGGCGUGCUGUCCAAGCUGACGCAACAAGCCAACACCCUCACCAAACGCUACAAGCAGGAGAUCGGCAUUGGAGGCUACUAAAGUGCACCUGAAGGAACCCUCAUUCCCUGAUGAUCGAUUGUGUAUUAUUUAGCAGGAAGGAAUUGACCUGAACUGAACUGAAUAUCACUGAUGACAUUAUUUUCGAAUGAAUUAACGAACGAAAGAAAAAAAGAGAAAGAUGUUCUUCUCGCUGUAUGGUAUUAUUUAACCUUUUGUGGUAUAUUGUGUUGAUCCAAAGUAAUGUUGUGGUUGACUUUCAAUGUGGUAUACCCGGGUUCCAUCUACCCUGUUUUGCACUCUGAUGUUUUACGCAUCCUGUCCUAUUUUACUCACCGUGUUCAACGGCGCCACGUGCCUUCAGCUCAACACAGACAAUAGUACGUAAGGAUACUUGUAUUUAAUAUUGAUGUAUUCUCUGUUAGGCCUACCUCGCUGUGUUUGAGAGCUGUAUAUUUCAAGGUUGAAAAAGUGUAUGACCGCAGACAUUUGGCGACAUUGUGAACUGCAUACGAUUUAGAAUGUCUAAUGAUGCCAAUGUUUCAAAUAGUUUGUAGAUAUCUUGUAAUUCUCCCUGUUGUGAUGAAUGUGUCUUUAUUAUGUGCUCAGCUUCAUGGAGGAGGCUUGAAAGAAUUUUGCCUUUGAUCCCAGUGCUGCCCCAAUAUGAUCAAUGAACUGGAAUCAACUGAUGUUUCUUCUGCAUAGAGAAUAAUGAAGGAUUCCAAGAGAUUAUGUCAUUUGUGUGUUGUAAUUGCCAUAGUAUUUAUGGAGAGGUGAAAUAUUUUAUUUAUACUAGAAAUAAAAAAAAUUAUACAUGAAA